CCCACCCUGCAGCACAUGUAGGGCUGGCCUGGCUGGGGCCUCUGGGGCAGGGUGGAGGCCAGAGACGGGUCUUACCUCUGGUGGGGAGAAUCAGGCCAACGAUGGUGAGAAGACACAGGCGACCAAAGGGCGACAUCUGUGGGACCAGGCGAUGCUGGGGUCAGCCACGAUGUCAGCGAGGCCGGCCUCUGGCAGCCCCCGGGGAUCCUGCAGCCCCUUCCCUGCCCUGAGCAAACACCUCUGGCUUCCAGGACCCCCUGCCAGGGCAGACGGCUGGCCUCAGGGGAAAGGGGAGGGUCUUAGGUGGGGAUAUCAAACAGUCACCCUGCUUCCUUCCCCUGCAGGUCCCCAAAGAAAACAAGAAGCAACAGAUAAAUGGAUCUCCCAGCAGCUGCAAGGGCCGGCAGGCACUCCUGAAGCAGAGAAGCACCUCCCUGCGCCUUCCGCCAGGCGCCUAUCCCUCACUAGGACUGACGCAAGGAGGGGACUGGGGCAGAGGAGUAGAUAGGAGGCCUCUUCCCUCCCCCAGGGGCCCAGAGCCCAGGAGUCGGCAAGGAGGGGAAGGAGGAAGAGUGAGUAACGCCUCCUGCGCUCAGAGGAAAAAGGACCCUGAAAUCUUCCAGAACGUCUCUGGCCGCAGACCCACCCGCUCCCACCCUGCAAGCUCAUCUCUUCCCGUCUGCUACCACCACGGUGCAGGACCAGCCACCCGGUUGCCAUAGCGACCUGUCCGAGCAUCCCUUCUCCCGGGACUGCCACUCUCCAACCGCAGGUCUGGCACAGGACGCCCGCCGGGGAGGGGGUGUCCCAGAGACCCGGAGGGGCGAUCAGGGGGGCUGCAUUACAAGGGCCUCCGCCCACAGGAGGAGCAGACCUCCCUCCCCCCACUCCCUUGCCUUACCAUUGCUGAAAUCUCCCGACACCCUCUCUCCUAGGCUCUCAGAUCCCGGAGCCCCCCUGCAACCCCCUCCCCAGACGACGCUCACCCUUUGUGGGGGUCUGGGUCGGGGUCGCCAUGCUGGGCCGGAGCAGGGGGCUGCUGGAUGCUUUGGCGGCGAAGGCGCGCUGCAGCAGCUGGAAGCAGGACGGACCGAUAUGGGGGGGAGCUGGGGGGAGCCCUGGCGUGGGGGGGCCUGCAGCCAAUGGGGGCCCGGGGAGCCCGCCCCCGUGCAGGCCACCCCCGCCCCCGCCCCCGCCCACCACCGUCGUCCCCGCCCCUUCCUCUAGGGUGGGGCGCCCCCUGCUGGGGUCCAGGGGCGCUGGGCUUUCGCGCUGAGGGACCGAGACCGACAAAGUGCAGUCGAGAGGAACGCACGUUUUAUUGGAAGUCUGGGCGGCAGGGGGAGUCUGUGGGGGCAGGGCUGGGGAAGGGGCGGCGGAGGGGGCGGUGGGCACGCAGGUGGAGCAUGGGAGACGUCAGGUGCCAGGGGAGUCCUGUGGGAUGAAAAGGGUGAGUGAAAGGCGAGGGGGGAAGUCCAGCACCACCCCUCGCCGCCCUGCAACCCUGGCACUUGGCCCCCUCCCUCUCCCGCCUUUCCUUCCUCCCUCCUUCCCUCCCACCGCCGUGUCAGAGCUGCAGCACCUGGCCGGAUUCCAUCGCGCCAGGUGUUUCUACCGCCUGCGGGUGGACAGACCUGGGGGGAACACGGAGGUCGGGGGUCAUCAGGAGGGGCAUCCCCAGCUCCUGGGCAGGCGGGGCAACUCCCCUCCCUCCGCUUUCAGAUCCAGCCCCUCCCUCUACGCAGCCAGGGAGGGCCAGGAAAAGGGGUCCUUGGAACCAGCCCUCUCCCCAAAAUACCCGCAGUCUCCCCAGACUCACGGCGGAUGGAGCUGCGGAAAGUUCCCUCCUCUUCAUCGGGUUCCCCAGUCCUGGGAAGACAGAGGCAGAGGGAUUUCGGGAUGGAAAGGUGGAGAGGCUGCCCUUCUAGGAACCCCCAGUACACGUCUCCUUUCCCAGACCGGUGUAACAAGGCCCAGAUAUGGACGAAGAACAGGCUCGGGGUCCGCCAGAAAUAAGAAGCACCCAGGAGCAGCUUAAGUGCUUGGCAGGGGGCUUCCAAGCCGGUUAACAGGACUUUGUUUAUCAUACCCGAUAGUCAGCAGAGGAAACCAAGAGCUGAAGGGCAUGGCUCAAACCACAAGCUGCUGGGGUCUGCUCCUCUAGGACCUGGAUCCGGAGCCCACCCCCAAGCCUGCCGACCACUGAGGGAUGCCCACCUUGUGCUGAACCCCAAAAGGAUGAGUUGCCUCCAUCACCUGAGUCCUCUCCACAACUGGGAAGUGGGUGCCACGAUUAUCCCCAUUUUACAGAUGGGAAAACUGAGGCCACACAGGACUGGGCCUGCAACCCAGAUCUGCACGACCUCCAAGCUGUUAAGCCCCCUUAUCCUCCAACGAGGCUUCUGGGUGUGGGCGUCAGUGUUGAAAGAGCCUGCAUGCAUUCCUCAAUCACAGGGCGAGUCUCGUCCUCAGGUGAUGAGGUGGUACAGCCUAGGGGUUAGGUUUAAAGCUGACCAGAGCCAGGAAACUAAUCACAUAACUUCCUUGUGCCUUAGUUUCCCCCUCUGUAAAGCAGGGAUAGCAGUACUGCCCAUCUCACAGGGUGGCUGUGAAGGCUGAGUGAGUAUAAACAUUGCUACUAUUUCAUGUUAGCUAACAAGUGUCACUUACUUAUUUUUCUGAUUUAGUGGACAGAAUCUAUCCAAAUGACUGAAAGCUUAGUCCAGAUUAAAACAACCAAUUAUCCAUCUAUCCAUGAACGCUCAUCUCCAAAGAAAGAAUGCAAAAUAACCUGGAGCAGCCCUGGAGCUGGAUGCCUGGGUUUGAAUCCUGGCUGUGCCCUCAGCUGAGUAACGUAGGGUUCAGCCCCUGACCUCUGUCUCCACUUCCUCCAGCUGUAAAGUGGUGGUGAUAACAGCACCAACCUCAGAGGGCUUUGGCAAGAUCAGAAUGAGUUAAUAGAUGAGCUUUUAGGACAAGGCCAAGCUCGGAGUAGACACUGAAGAAGGGGUGGCAUCAUCAUCAUCUUCUUCACCAUCAUCAUCAUCCAUCUUCAUCAUCGUCAUCAUCAUCAUUAUGUCCUCGGGUUGGUGCCACCUCCCCCAGUGGGUGUUGGGCACUUGAGGGUUAAUUUCAGAGUAGGGGAGGGAGGCUGUGGGCUUGGGGCAGAGCAGAGGUCCUGCCGAGUGUGACCACCAGAGGGAGCAGCUGGACCUGAACUGGCCCCACUGACAGCGCCCAUCACACCCUCCUGGAGCCAAGGGAGGGGGCUGGCGGAGAGUGGCCAGGAAGGGAUGUCCCCAGCCCCCAGGGGCCUCUCCUCCCACCCCGCUCCAGUCUGCAGAGCCAUCCGGUCCCCACCCUGGUGACAUCGUCCUCCUGCUCCCUCAAUAGGGUUGAGUGGGGAAUCUGGGGAGGGGGCUGGCGUGAGUGGUGGGACGGCUCCAGCCCUGGUGGCCCCUCCCCCUCCUGUGGGGCUGCCCAGUCCCUUCCCCAAGGCCGACCUUCUCAUGGCCUCUGACCCCCUCCUCCUUCCCACCCUACUCUGCCGGGUGCACCCGGUGUCCAGCGAACCCCUUUCCCAAACCUUCAGGGAGAAGGGACGUGGGAGGAGGCAAAGAAAUUACAGGCAGGGAGCUGGAAGGGGGGGAAGGAGACAAGAAAUCAAGACACCAGGCAGCAGGACACACACACUCACAUACGCUCACACACAUAGAGGCCAACAGACAGACAGCUACCUAAAGCCUGAAAGACGGACAGCAACACAAAAAAAGAGAAAAACACAGAAAGAGAGACAAAGACAGAAAUAGAAACGGACUAACACGCAGAGUCAGAAAUACAGAGACAGAAAGACAGGGAGAAAGAGAAACAGAAAAUUAGACACCAAAGAGAUACGAACAGGGAGGAAGGCCGACUGAAGGAAAGACGGAGAAGAGGAGAGAGAAGCCAGGGCCACGGGUGCCAGCAGGCGGAUGGAGGGCGGCCUGGUGGAGGAGGAGACAUAGUGGCCCGGGCUGAGCUGGGUGGGCCGGGAGAAGCGGGUGCCUCAGCGCGGGGGUGGGGGCAUGGGAGGGGCAGGCAUUCUGCUGCUGCUGCUGGCCGGGGCGGGGGUGGUGGUGGCCUGGAGGCCCCCAAAGGGAAAGUGUCCCUUGCGCUGCUCCUGCUCCAAAGACAGCGCCCUGUGUGAGGGAUCCCCGGACCUGCCCGUCAGCUUCUCUCCAAACCUGCUGUCACUCUCAUUCGUCAGGACUGGAGUCACCCAGCUGAAAGCCGGCAGCUUCCUGAGAAUUCCGUCUCUGCACCUGCUCCUCUUCACCUCCAACUCUUUCUCCGUGAUUGAGGACGAUGCGUUUGCGGGCCUGUCCCACCUGCAGUACCUCUUCAUCGAGGACAAUGAGAUUGGCUCCAUCUCUAAGAAUGCCCUCAGAGGACUUCGCUCGCUUACACACCUAAGCCUGGCCAAUAACCAUCUGGAGGCCCUCCCCAGGUUCCUGUUCCGAGGCCUGGAGACCCUUACUCACGUGGACCUCCGUGGGAACCCGUUCCAGUGUGACUGCCGCGUCCUCUGGCUCCUGCAGUGGAUGCCCACCGUGAAUGCCAGCGUGGGGACCGGCGCCUGUGCGGGCCCCGCCGCCCUGAGCCAUAUGCAGCUCCGCCACCUCGACCCUGAGACCUUCAAGUGCAGAGCCAUAGAGCUGUCCUGGUUCCAGACGGUGGGGGAGUCGGCCCUGAGCGUAGAGCCCUUCUCCUACCAAGGGGAGCCUCACAUUGUGCUGGCACAGCCCUUCGCCGGCCGCUGCCUGAUCCUCUCCUGGGACUACAGCCUGCAGCGCUUUCGGCCCGAGGAAGAGCUGCCCGCGCCCUCCGUGGUGUCCUGCAAGCCACUGGUGCUGGGCCCGAGCCUCUUCGUGCUGGCUGCGCGCCUAUGGGGGGGCUCACAGCUGUGGGCCCGGCCCAGUCCCGGCCUGCGCUUGGCCCCAACGCAGACCCUGGCCCCGCGGCGGCUGCUGCGGCCCAAUGACGCCGAGCUCCUGUGGCUGGAAGGGCAACCCUGCUUCGUGGUGGCCGACGCCUCCAAGGCAGGCAGCACUACGCUGCUGUGCCGCGACGGGCCCGGCUUUUACCCGCACCAGAGUCUGCACGCCUGGCACAGAGACACGGAUGCUGAGGCCCUGGAACUGGACGGCCGGCCCCAUCUGCUGCUGGCCUCGGCUUCCCAGCGGCCCGUGCUCUUCCACUGGACCGGUGGCCGUUUCGAGAGACGCACAGACAUCCCUGAGGCCGAGGAUGUCUAUGCCACACGCCACUUCCAGGCUGGUGGGGACGUGUUCCUGUGCCUCACACGCUACAUUGGGGACUCCAUGGUCAUGCGCUGGGACCGCUCCAUGUUUCGUCUGCUGCAGCAACUUCCCUCGCGCGGUGCCCACGUCUUCCAGCCACUGCUCAUCGCCAGGGACCAGCUGGCCAUCCUGGGCAGCGACUUUGCCUUCAGUCAGGUCCUCCGUCUUGAGCCUGACAAGGGGCUGCUGGAGCCACUGCAGGAGCUGGGGCCCCCAGCCCUGGUGGCCCCCCGUGCCUUCGCCCACAUCACUAUGGCCGGCAGACGCUUCCUCUUUGCUGCUUGCUUUAAGGGCCCCACACAGAUCUACCAGCAUCACGAGAUUGACCUCAGUGCCUGACACCACCAAUGGGACUCUGGGCAUGGCUGGGGCCCCGGGACAGCCCCUUGUCUGGCUCCUGGCCCCACUUGGGGUGACGGCCGCCUGUGAGCUGCUGACCAUGGGCCACGUUCAUCAGCCGCACGUCUAGGCCUUAAGCCCACUUCUUAAAGGAUCUGCACCCAUGGGGUGACAGAGGGUCCCAGCCUAUUGGACCUCCCGAGCUGCCCUUCAGGUCUAAAGCAACAUCUGGACGUCUCGGCUGGGGCAGAUUCCCCAUCAAAGGCAACCUGGGGGUGCAGGUUGGUGCACUGCAUGGAGUGGAGGUGGAGAUCACCUGCAGAGCUCCAUGAGUUCCGGAAGCCCCCUCUCAACCCGCUCCCACCCCCGCUGGUCCCUCUGAAAGCACUGAGGGGUCGAUGGCAUUCCUUUCCCAUUCUAAACUUCAUGCAGCCAAUCGCUUUCCUGGAAAAGCACCAACCUCAAAGCCAACUCAGCCCUGGGCGGGUUCCCCUUUGCUGCUUGUGCGCAUGCGUGCGGCCGCCCGGCGCGCUGUCCCUCUUGCGCCUCUUGCGCGUGCGCAGGGCACAGGGAGGGACAGCGGGAGGUGUCGCGGGGAGCCCGGUGCCCUCCUGGAUGGGCGACGGAGGCAAGGACAAGAAGAGUCCGAGCUCAAUAAAUGCGCUGUGCACCCU